CACGUUACACCUUUUAUCAAUAAUAACAUCUUUAAAUAAUGCUAACGAUUGAUAUUUGACUCAAAACCAUUGAGAGAAUAGAACGUUUCCUCAUUAGACCCUAUUCUCACGCUUUCUUCUUCUUCCUCUCCAAUUCCACACUGUCUCACACAUUUCAAUUCUUCAUUAUCCAUUUUCUUUUUCAAUUCUUUUUCUCUAACUUUUCAAUGCACACCAUGGUCCACAUUUCUCACGUUCAUGACGGGACAUCUAUUAUCUUUUUUGAAUGACGCUAAGGACUGAACAUCUGGAACGUGAUCAAAAGUGGAUCAGAUAACAACGAUCUUGAUUGUUUUUAUUAUAUUUCAUAUAACAAAGUGAUACAAUUGGGAUGCAAUUACAAUGGCAGAGAAAAAUACUUCUGCCAUUAAGGUUGUUUCAAGAAAAUCUUUAUGGUUCUUUUUCACAACAACAACAUUAUUUUUCAUCAUGUCAUGGCUCUUUGUUCUCCGUUCCACACGUUCAGAUUCAACACCAGCCACCAUCUCACAGCUUCUUUCCACCACCUCCAACGACGGUUCAGAUUUGGUAACAUCUCAAUCACAAAACUCUGAAUCCUCCUUCAGCAAUAGAGCAAUCCUUGUAAACACCGAAACAAAAACACCAGAAACUCCAAAAUGUAUUACUGAAACAACCACCAUAUCAAACAACGACACCAAGAGCAAUAACAAUAAAAGCAACGCUGUUUUGAAAGUUUUCAUGUAUGAUUUACCUCCCGAGUUUCAUUUCGGGUUAUUAGAUUGGAAAGGCGAUGAAAAGACGAAAAACGUUUGGCCUGAUAUGAAAACCAAGAUACCACAUUACCCUGGUGGUUUGAAUUUACAACACAGUAUUGAAUAUUGGCUUACAUUAGAUAUUCUUGCUUCAGAAUUGCCAGAAAUUUAUCCUGCUAGAAUUGUAACCAGAGUUAGAAACUCGACCGAAGCUGAUGUUAUAUUUGUGCCAUUUUUUUCAUCUUUGACUUAUAACAGACACUCCAAAACAGGUCCACAUGAAAGGAGGAGUAGAAACAAGGUGUUGCAAGAGAAGUUGGUGAGGUAUUUGAUGAAUCAAGAGGAAUGGAAGAGGUCAGGUGGAAGGGAUCAUUUGAUCUUGGCUCAUCAUCCUAAUAGUAUGUUGGAUGCUAGAAUGAAACUUUGGCCUGCAACUUUUAUAUUGUCUGAUUUUGGGAGAUAUCCUCCUAAUAUAGCAAAUGUUGAUAAAGAUGUGAUUGCGCCGUAUAAGCAUGUUAUUGCUUCUUAUGUUGAUGAUCAAUCUACCUUUGAUAGCAGGAAAACUUUGCUUUACUUUCAAGGAGCUAUUUACAGAAAAGAUGGUGGUUAUGCUAGGCAAGAACUAUUUUAUCUUCUGAAAGAAGAAAAAGAUGUACAUUUUUCAUUUGGAAGUGUACAGAAAGGUGGAGUGAGGAAUGCAACAAACGGCAUGCGAUCUUCGAAAUUCUGUCUCAACAUAGCUGGCGACACGCCAUCAUCAAAUCGCUUAUUCGAUGCAAUUGCAAGUCACUGUGUUCCUGUCAUAAUCAGUGAUGAAAUUGAGCUUCCAUAUGAGGAUGUUCUCGACUACUCCAAGUUCUGCGUAUUUGUUCGCACAAGGGAUGCUGUUAAAAAGAAGUAUCUGAUAAACUUCAUUAGGAGUAUUGGCAAAGAUGAAUGGACAAGAAUGUGGAACAGAUUGAAAGAAGUUGAAAAAUUCUUUGAAUUUCAGUUCCCUUCUAAGGAAGGUGAUGCUGUUGAAAUGAUUUGGCAAGCUGUUUCACGUAAGGUUCCUUUUAUGAAGUUGAAAACAAACAGGUCUAGGAGAUUUUUUAGAGCCCUUUAUGGUAAUAAUAAAUAUAAGGGGCAUAAAUCAAUACAUGCACCACCUAAUUUUUGGUGAUAUUGGUACAUGAAGUUUUGUCUUUAGAAAUUCAAGAAUGUUUUUAUAUACAAUAUAGUUAUGAUUUUGAUAGUGAAAUUGACAUUGUAACGUUAAUGCAUGAAGGUUCAUGAUUUAGGAAAUAUGAUUCUACUAUUGGUUGGAAUUGAAGUAUUAAUGUAGAAUGAAAAUUUCUUUUGGUCUUCAUUUGAAGAAACCUUUUGUAGUUUCAUUUCUUUCUUAUCUUUUCCCCUUUAGAAUUGAAAAAUAUUUAAGAUGUAACACUAUCUAUUGUAGUUGUAUUUUUA